AAUCACAGAUUUUCACGCCCUCGUCUCCCGGAAGUCGUUUUAUUUGCAAAGUUCGUAGCGCUGGCGCCUUUUCUGUACGCUGGUACCGAGUGUGGCCAGUCAGUGAAGGUAGAAGACAGAGAAUGGCUCCUCAGGCUGUGGUCCAGGUGACCCAAGCCUGGUUGCAGUCCUCCCGUCAUGUCCAGGUACCUUUCGCUUGGCUCGAGGCCUGUGUGCAGUGGCUACAAGAAGAGGCAGGAGGUGUGGGUAGGCUUUCGCAGCAGCAAAUUAACCAACAGGCAUUUGACCAGUGGCUCUUGACUGACCUGAAGGACUUGGACUACCCAGUUCUCCCAGAGGGACUUGCUCAAGCCCACAAGACUCAGCUCAGCGGCAUCUUCUGUGUACAGGUCGACUCAUUACUGGAUAUCAGUCAGCCCGCAUACGGUCAGCUGCAGCAAUGGAAGGGCAUGAACUGCACCAAUGACAAUGUGUCGGCUGUUACACAGAACACUCAGAGACCGUGGGAGGCCAGACCCACUCGUAUGCUCCUGCUGCAGGUGACAGAUGGGAUCCAAAGCCUGCAGGCCAUGGAGUAUCAGCCAAUACCUGCCCUGAGCACUGCCCUUAGGCCUGGUGUGAAGCUGCAGCUACAAGGGCAGAUGAUCUGCAGACUCGGGAUGAUUUUGUUGGGCCCGGGCAACGUGAAGGUCCUGGGCGGAGAAGUGGAAGAAUUGACCGCAAGUAACAGCCAGGGACAGGUUCUAUGUCGGGUGCUGGGACUACCAGAAGAACAGCAGCAGCAGCAGCAGCAGGAAGACGAAGACAGGGGAGAAGCUCCACCAUCACACCAAGAUGAUGCCAGAAACCAGGCAAUGCAGAACCUAGAGCUAGAUGACCUAGAGCUGCUGGCAAGUCUGGAGGAUCAGGACGCGGAGCAGCAGCAAGAGGAGAUGGUGGUGGUGGAAAGGCUUCCGGUCAAUCCUGCUCAAGACAGCGGCUAUCAGACACUCAGCCCGUUUGCCACUUCCUCCUCUAGAAGCUCCAACGUCAGGAGUGCCUCAUCCAGCAGUAGUGAAGCAAAUCUGCACUCCAAUGUGAACAGAGUAAAUUCAUUCCCAAGUGGUCGCCGUGGUAACGACCAAGAGGAGUCCGACCUCAUCGAACCCUUGUAUUUCCGGCAAGGCCCGGCGGAGAACGAUGUCUUCGACGACCACUUUCCAGACGAUGAUUUUGUCGACCUCACCAUGGAUGAUUUGGAUGCAGCAAUGUUUCAGGGAGCCUCGGCUUCUCUGUGUGAACCUCCCACAGAACAGGACGGGGGUGACGUCAUGGAGGUUAUAGACUAUUUACCUGCAGGUGUUGACUCCCAUGGAGAGAGAACACAAGUUGAAGAGUCCAGCCUUUUAUCUGGGAAUGAAAUAGUUAGGAAGAAGAAAGUACUUCAUGGUGGGAGUCACACCUCAACCACUGCAGGAGUAAAAACAUACCCACCAGGUGACAUCACCCUAAACUCGCCCCCAUUUACGUACCUCUGUCUGCUCGACGGAAUCUCCAUACCCACCUGCAUAAAAAUCAAAGCCUUCAUCGUAACCCUCCUGGGCAAAUUAAGCGCCAGUGCCGGCCUGUGGCGAAUCCGUGCCACACUCUCUGACGGGAGCGGCUAUCUGGACGCGGAGCUCUCCGAUCGGGUCCUAACGGACCUUCUGGGUUUCACGGUGGCAGAGAAAGGGGCGAUGAAGCACGACCCGGCCCGAAGGUCCCAGCUGGAUGCCGGCAUGAAGCGUUGUCAGGAGGAGCUGGUCGAUAUGUGCUGUCUCAUGACCGUGGAAGUGGGCGGCGGGAGCGGGGGAGCGGUGGUGACCCAGGCCGAGCCUGUCACCGAGGGGGUCUGCCGUGAGCUGGAGCGGAGGGUGCGAGACAGGAAAUGAGAUUGCGAGCAGGCCGGUAAUGAGAACAUGGACGUUGAACAUGAGCAGAGUUCGUUUAAUGAGACUUAGGUGUGUUUUGUUCCCCCCCUAUUUGGGAAAUGACUGCGCUCAAGCUGCCCUUCUGCUUCCGAGCUGGAAGAGACAAUGUGUGAAUCCAUGUCGCAAUGCAGCCCAUCUGCUGCACGCAAAUAUAACAUGCUGUCAUUAGAGGCAGAUUUCAUUCAUUUAUUCACACAACUAUUUCCCCCAUGCAAUGUCGCUCAUUAGGCUUUGUGCAUUAAAACGUCUUAAACGUUAAAAUGGUGAAUUUUAAGGCCUAUUUUUUUUUUAACUGUAAUGAGAAGAGUGCGGCAGAGGACCCGAGUUUAUAUUCAAAUUGCGGUAAUGAAUUGCCGGCUUUCCAUUCAUUCAUUACAUCCAUUACGUCUGGCUGGUGAAAUAAUUGAAUAUCCAAGAGCAGCGCAGGUCUUCAUUUAAGUCACCCCGGGCGAGCAACUAAGAGGAAAGGAAAAUGAGGAAAAGUUCAUGAUUUUUCGUUAUUUCUCAUCAUUGCAGAGCUCCUAUUUAUUUUUAUCCUAAUGAGUUUGUAUGUACGACGCAAACUGUUGCCGACACUUUGUUAAUGUUAACGGAACACGAUUGUUUGAAAGGUGGUUGCUGUUGUGUAAAUUGGCCUUUUUAUCUAAUAAACGACGAGCCCUCAAGAUAAGACAAACGCUUUCUAAGUUUGAUUAAAUGCUGCCUUUCGGGACAUGCGCCACUGAAAGCAAAUGCUUGAAAUGAAAGGAGGCUAAAUCGUAAUAAUCAUUUGUUUCUUAUCGGCCAUCGCACAGGAGCUUGUUGCUGUUUUUCCACAAACUGAUCACGCCCCAAUAUUUAAUGAAUUCAACUUAAGUAUGCGACAAGUUUUUUAAUGGGAUUGGAUAGUGGAAAAAAUAUUAAUAGUAUUUUGUGGAACAAUGAACAAGCAUUGAAGGUACAGUUUACUCUUUUGGUACGCAAUGAGAAUCAUCCAAUACAUGAGAUAUAUUCAAAAUGCUUGUAAUUGGAAUUCACAAAUCUAACCAAUAAAUUAGCUGUUUAAUAGAACAAAUUAAGAAAUCAAAUUAUGUAUUGAAAUAGCAAAUUUAACAUAACAUUUUGCGUGUGUUAUGCUGUACACGGAUGGAAAAUCUUGUCACAAUGUGAAAAAAGGGCACAUUUUGUGCAUAAUGGGAAAAAGAAAGUCUUUACAAGACAGCUUUAAUAGAAUAAAGUUGUUGUCUUGAGACAAAACACAAAUUCAGAAAUAUUAUAAAUACUCAGUUUUCUUGACAGCGUCACAGGUAUUCCUUGAUCAGCUCUGUCAUUAUUCUUUUGUUUGCUGUUUCCAAUAUUUUGCCUCUUUUUUUUUUCCCAGUAAGUAGUAGAACCAACACCUUGGAUCUCAUUUACAUUGUGCAUGCAUAUCAAAUGAAGUGUGUCUUGAAUAUGAUGAACAGUACAUGGAGUGUACUCCUUUUCCUAUACUACUGUGUGCACUUCCAUUCAUGUCGCUAGUCUUCCUUCAU